ACUAGUUGAAUGUGUUUGGAUUUCAUUAUCAUCAGUCGGCGGUGAAGGUCGGUAAGAUACACAGUGGAUUGAUCUGAUUGCAAAGUGGAGUGCUCUCUUUCAGUUUUAUAAGCAAUCAUCUUGUGGUCGUAGAUAAUAUAUUUUUCAAUUAAAAAAAUGGAUACAAUUCAACAAUUUGAUUACAUCGUUGUGGGAUGCGGUGGUGUUGGAAGUGCCGCUGUAUACUGGCUAUCGAAGAGAGCUGGAAAACGGGUUCUUGGAUUGGAGCAGUUUAGGCUUGGGCAUGGCAACGGCGGCUCACAAGAUUGGACGAGGAUUUUACGAAUGUCCUACAGCGCGCCAGAGUAUAUUCCCUUGGCGAGAGAUAGCAAGGAAGGUUGGCUGGAAGCGGAGAGGGAAUCUGGUAUGAAGCUAGUCUAUACAACGGGUGGGCUUGACAUCGCUAUGCGGGGCACCCCUGGCCAUAAUUGCCUGGAGAAAUUCGCUAAAUCUAUGGAGGAUAAAAACGUCGAAUUCGAGAGGUACGAAGGCAAGAGUAUCAGAAACAAGUUCCCCCAGUUUGCAGCUACUUCCAAAUGGAUCUCCUUAUUUCAGAAAGACGCGGGAAUAAUUGAUGCCGCCUUGGCGAACGCAGUUCACAUUCAGCUAGCCCAAAGACAUGGAGCAACCGUCAUUGAAAACGCGGCUGUUCUGUGCUUAUCUAGGGAUGGCGACCUAACAAAGGUGUGCACAACUCAAGGGGACUUCUUCUGUAAGAAGGUUAUAGUCACCUCGGGAGCUUGGACCAAUGAUGUACUUUCAUCGCUUGGGAUGAAACUCCCUGUAACAGUCACACAAGAACAGGUCACAUACUUCGCCACACCGCACAUGAAAGAGUUCACCAAAGACAGGUUCCCAGUAGUCUUUCUCCACACCGGUUACCCGGCUGCUCCCUAUUUCUUACCGAUCCACGGCAACACCGGAUUCAAGACAGGACUCGAUCUGGGAGGGCGUGUCGUCACUCCUCAGACAAGGACUUUCGUCCCAGAUGAGAGGAGGAGGAGGAAAGAGAGAAGAUAUGUGGCAGAGAUUUGUCCGAAGGCCCUCGGCCCUACCCUUUAUACCAAAACGUGUUUGUACGCCCUAACGCCCGAUCGGCAUUACAUCAUGGACACGUGUGAGGUGGCUGGAUACAGUGACGUCAUUGUAUUCGUUGGAGCUGCACAUGCGUACAAAAUGGCUCCUGUCCUUGGUAAGAUACUGAGUCAAAUGGCCAUCGAUGGAAGUACUCCCUAUGACAUCAGAUCGUUUAGCUUGAGGAGACCGGCGAUCACCGACCGCGAUUACACACCCUGCUUUCAAUUAGACACGGCGGUGAUCGAAGACGACGUCGUCCCGUCAUCCCUCUGAGCAAUGAGCUAAAUCCACGUUAAGGAAAUCGACCUUUUGAAGACAUGACGGAUUAGUAGGAGGAUCUGCGCACACGCCAGGAUUACUUAAAAUUGAACAUCCGCAACAGACGACUUAAAUCAUAAUCUUCCGCCCCUUUUUGCUUUCUCUUCACCCUGUUUUCGAGGUACACGUUCGUUAAUUGUUAUACCGAACGUUCGUUAUAUCGAAGAUUCGUUAUAUCGGAUAUUCACUAUUCUUAAUGUAUCAUGCUAAUUGUUAUUCCGUGUACGAUAUUCCAAGACAUGCUCAUUAAUGAAAAUAGGCAUUUUGCUCGUUACUGAUUCCGCAAAAGGUGGGGUUUGUUCAUAAUCCGAACAACGGUGGCAUUAUUCCGAAUAUUUGUUUUUUUUUUCGAACGUUCGUUUAUCCGUACAUCAAAUAGGGUUUAAAAUAUUUUUGAAGGUUCUAUAAUCUCACAAUAAAAUAAUGUUCGUUAAUCCAUAGAUUUUAACUACGAAAAUAGCUGAUGAAAUAUGCGAAACUUAAAUAGAGCAUAUACUUUAUAUUCGAGCUCUCGAAUUCAGAACUUGAUUUCAGUUUUGGAUCAACAAAUCUUCGGAAUGUUUUGCUUUUGGAAAAUCUUCGUAAUAACGAAAACCUUCGAAAUAUCGAACCUGAAGUCGAUUAUUCGAACCUUUCGAUUGACGAACUGGAACCAUUUCAGGAACUCACAAAGGACGUACUCUAAGGGGUAAUCUACGCAAGAUUGCGGGUCAUCCCCUUUCCUGUUUUGGAUAGUCGGAAUGGGAUUGGAAAACUAAGAAAUUAUUAGGUGCAGGAGAAAAUUGAAAAGAAAACUGACAAGGGCUAAUGAGGGUGGAAAGAUAGAGAGAGAGAG